AUGCAAUUAAGAGAAACCAGUCUGGUGGCCGGUCGCACUAACACAGAGCCCCUCCCCUGGUGGCGAAUCCGGCAAUCUCUGAUGAACGCCAACGGGCAGGUGAGGGAGCUGGUCUUCCCGAAGGGCCUGGACCUGGACCGGCCGAAGCGCGCCAGGACCACGUUCAGCAGCGAGCAGUUGGCUUCCCUGGAGAGGGAGUUCCGCCGCAACCAGUACCUGGUGGGGCGCGAGAGGUCGCUCCUCGCAGCAAGACUCGGCCUGUCCGAGACGCAGGUGAAGGUGUGGUACCAGAACCGCCGCACCAAGCACAAGCGGGACCGCGAGAGGGAGCACGAGACUCCCGCGCCCACCCUCACGCCCAUCCCCCGGACCAUUCUUCCGCCCGUGCCCCUCACGCCGCCCACAAUCCUUCCGCCCACAACCACCCCUCUCUUCACCUUCCCUCCCACGUCCACUACCUCGGCUCUGCCCGUCACUACCUCGGGGCUCCAUAUUGUCGCGCCCACGCCCGCACCCACGCCCAAAGCUUCCGUCUCCUCGCCCUCGCUGGCCGGCAUGACGCCGCCGCUCCAACGACGUCUGCUAUGACCUGUUACAGCAGCAGCGAGGUC